UGUUCCAAAAUCGGCUAUAUAUAAUUAUUCACAUAAUCUUUGCCUACAAAACCACUAUUAACGUAAUUAAAAAAAAAAACCAAGAAUUUACUAAAACAAACACAAACCGAAAAGCGAGUUAUAUGAAAAUUAUUCAAUUAAUGAUUUAUUUUUUAUUUAGAUCAUUUUAUAUUAUUUCCACUAUA